AUGUUUUCUUUAACAAAGCUGGCAUACAACUGGUGCAAUUGGGAAGAGAGGUCAGCCUACGACGAGUUGGAGACGUUGGAAAUAAGCGUUAGACCAUGUUGCCUAUUGUUGAUACUCUACCUUAGGGCAGAAAAUGCUGACUAUAACGUUUCCAAUGACGAUCAAAUGUUUAUUGCGGCCCAUCAAUCAAUCAGUGAAGAGGCCGCAACAAGUGGACACGUCCGGUGCUUGGCGUUUGCAGAAGGCCGCGGGUUCCCGUGGACACGUGCGAUAUGUGUCCUGUCCGCAGCCCACGGACAGCUGGACUGUCUGAAGUACGCAUGUGACCGUGGCUGUCCGUGGGAUGUUGAGGUGUGUUGCAAAGCCGCGGCCAACGGUCAGUUGGCAUGCCUGCGCUACGCCCACGAAAACGGCUGUCCGUGGGACUACACGACGUGCGAAGCGGCUGCGGCUGGUGGCCACCUCGACUGUCUACAGUACGCCCACGACAACGGAUGUCCGUGGGAUUACAUAACGUGUGAGGUGGUCGCAGCCGGUGGCCACCUCGACUGUCUACAGUACGCCCACGAAAACGGCUGCCUGUGGGCCUACACGACUUGCGAGGCGGCUGCAGCCGGUGGCCACUUCGACUGUCUACAGUACGCUCACGACAACGGAUGUCAGUGGAACUUCACGACGUGUGAGGCGGCUGCGGCUGGCGGCCACCUCGACUGUCUGCAGUACGCCCACGACAAUGGCUGUCCUUGGGAUUACAGGACUUGCGAGGUGGCCGCAGCUGGAGGCCACUUUGACUGUUUACAGUAUGCCCAUAAAAAUGGCUGUCUGUGGGCCUACACGACGUGCGAGGUGGCUGCAGCUGGUGGCCACCUCGACUGUUUGCAGUACGCCCAUGACAACGGAUGUUUGUGUGAAGCGGCUGCGGCUGAAGGCCACUUUGUCUGCCUAGAGUGGUGA